UAGGGUAACUUUCGAGCAUAACAGAGCAAGGCUGCUAGGACACUAAUCACCUCCGCGCCUCCGUGGCGUUCGUGACCCUGUCCUGCCCGCGCCUACGUCGCAACUACUACGCUGCGUCCUAUUCCGCAUCAGCCGUCUGUUCUCGCCGUUUUCUCUUCAAACCCUCUCGAAUUUCGCCAUGGACAUAGUAUCACAGCUCCAGGACCACACCAACCACAUCGCCUUCCUCCUGUUCAACACUGUCGGCACGCUCCAACGGGACGCCACUCCGUCAACCAUUCCUGGUAAACCGCUUCCAGCGCCAACCACACCAGCCGCACCAGCUGCAGCUGCAGCAACGCCUUCACAGCCAGGAAACGGUCAGCCGGUUGCAGCCACUGGGCCCGGGAACGCAGCUGCCGGCGCCGGCAUAUCAGGUGCUGGCCUAACCGGGCCAGCAGCAGCAGCUAACGGAACGGGGGCACCUGGAGGAGCCGUUGGCCCUGGUGCAGCAGGCAACGACGCAGCAGGAACCGACGCAUCGGUUGCUGCAGCACCAGCAGUCCCUGUUAUAGAGCAGGUUCCGGAGAUGGCGUCAGCUUUGGUUCAGGCGCUGAAGCUCUUUGACAUGCUUGUGGACGCCUUGCCUCCUGACAUUGACUUGACAGAAGAGGAGCAGCUUGAAAGAAUAGCAGAGCUGAAUGCUGAGAACGAGGCAGUCGCCAAGGAGAUGGCUGCAGAGUUGGACGGGGUGGAGGAGGAUUUGACAAAGGUUAGGCGGCUGUUUAAGAGAGUUGUUGACGGCUGCCUUCAGAACCCAUCAGCUUGAAUGCUACACGAACACCAUUUCUUGUGGGCAAUUUCAGCAGGGCCAGUUCUUAGACUAACUCUAGUCUGGCGACUCGGGUGAGUACAGGCGUUAAACUCAUACAAAGACCCUAUUCCUGCCAUUGUGAUUCAGGUGGAAACGUUCACAUACCCUCGUCUGAAACCUUGGCAGGCAGUUAGUGGUGAAGUGAAGAGAAUUGUUGUAAGUUCAGGUGUGGCGUUUGCAGUUAGUGAGUUAUGGUGCAAUCAUUAUUUGGGUGAUUACAACUGGUACGAUCAAAGCAGGCAUAAC